AUGGCGGGACCUCUCAUGCGGAUGCCCAACGGGCAGAUGAUCCAACCCCAGAUCGUGCUCCUGCGCGAGGGCACGGACACGAGCCAGGGUAAGGGCCAGCUCAUCUCCAACAUCAACGCCUGCAUGGCGGUCGUGGAUUCCGUCCGCACCACCCUGGGCCCCCGCGGACUGGAUAAGCUCGUGCAGGACGACAGGGGCGUCACCACCAUCUCCAACGACGGAGCCACCAUCAUGAAACUCCUGGACAUCGUUCACCCUGCGGCCAAGUCUUUGGUGGACAUUGCGCGCUCGCAGGACAGCGAGGUGGGCGACGGCACCACCACAGUCGUCAUCCUCGCCGGCGAGUUCCUCCGCGAGUGCAAGCCCUUCGUCGAGGACGGCGUGCACCCGCAGAACAUCAUCAAGUACUUCCGCGAGGCUGCGCAGAUGGCCAUCGCGAGGGUGAAGGAACUCUCCGUGUCCAUCGAGGGCAAAGACGCGGAGGAGAAGCGCGAGCUGCUGAAGAAGUGCGCCAUGACCACGCUGUCGUCGAAGCUCGUCGGCGGCGAGAAGGAAUUCUUCGGGCAGAUGUGCGUCGACGCGGUGAUGCACCUGGACCAGGAUCUGCUGGACCCGAGGAUGAUUGGCAUCAAGAAGGUCAUGGGCGGCUCCAUGCGAGAGUCGUUUUUGGUUGACGGCGUCGCGUUCAAGAAGACGUUCGCCUACGCGGGUUUCGAGCAGCAGCCCAAGUACUUCGAGAACCCCAAGGUGCUCGCGCUGAACCUGGAGCUGGAGCUCAAGAGCGAGAAGGACAACGCCGAGGUUCGACUCAGCGACCCGGGUAAGUAUCAAGAAAUCGUGGACGCGGAGUGGAACAUCAUAUACGACAAGCUCGAGAAGUGCGUGGCGUCUGGCGCGAAGAUCAUCCUGUCCCGCCUCGCCAUCGGCGACCUCGCGACGCAGUACUUCGCCGACCGCGGGGUCUUCUGCGCCGGGCGAGUCACGGAGGAGGACUUGCUCCGCGUGACCAAAGCCACCGGCGCGAGGGUGCAGACCACGGUGAACGACGUCACCCCCGAACAGCUCGGCACGUGCGAGGUGUUCGAGGAGAGGCAGGUUGGCAACGAGCGCUUCAACCUGUUUCGCGGGUGCCCGGGGUCCAAGACGUGCACCAUGGUGCUCAGAGGCGGCGCCGAACAGUUCAUCGAGGAGGCUGCCAGAUCCCUCAACGACGCCAUCGAGAUUGUCCGCCGGGCGGUCAAGAACGCGGCCAUCGUUCCCGGCGGUGGCGCGAUUGACAUGGAGCUCUCCCGCCACCUCCGCGACCACGCGCGCGGCAUCGCGGGCAAGGGCCAGCUGUUCAUCAACGCGUUCGCCAGGGCGCUGGAGGUGAUCCCCCGCCAGCUGUGCGACAACAGCGGCUUCGACGCCACCGACGUGCUGAACAAGCUGCGACAAAAGCACGCGCUCGCGGGCGGCGAAGGCGCCAACUUCGGCGUCGACGUCAACACCGGCGGCGUCAUCGACGCGUACGAGGCUUUCAUCUGGGAGCCCGCGCUCGUGAAGAUCAACGCCAUCGGCGCCGCGUGCGAGGCCACCUGCCUCAUCUUAUCAAUCGACGAGACUGUGAGGAACCCGCGGAGCGAGGGCGCCGACGGGCAGCCCAUCCACGCGCCGGGGGGCCGGGGCGGGCGGGGCGGGCGGGGCGGUCGCGGCCGCGGCCGCGGGAUGAGGCGUUGA